GGACAGGGUAGGGCCUUUGCUACUGUAUUUCAACUUUCAGAUGUAGCCUACCUACAUUCAAACCACUCUAAAUGACUGCUUAUGAUCACAUGUUCUUGUAUAAUUGGGUAAAUUGUUGUAGAAAAUGAAAAAGUUUGCAUACUGUGCAUUUCAUAUUUUCCACCAGGACUACAGCCUCUGCUAUUUAUUAAAGCCUGCUUUUCUGCAUCUAGUCCAUGAUGGCAUCCCCAAGGCUGGAGACGUUCUGCUGCCCAAACAGAGACGCAUCGACUGAAUUUGUCAUUACUUUUCAGCCCCUCUUCUUUAGCGCCAUUUGCAUUGGUAGCGCAGGUUUAAGUUUGGUAUUUUCUAUAUUACAACUUUUGCCCAAACGUAGGGGUUACAGACGCCUUGGACAGUACCCUCUUCCCAAGCCAGCGUCUUCGUCGAGAAUAUUGUUUAUCAUCAGCAUAUGUGAUAUUCUGGGAUGUACAGGUAUCAUAGUGAGGUCAUCCAUCUGGCUAGGCCUGCCCAACCUUGUCAGAGGGAUCAACGUGGCCAACAACAGCGACGUGUGGCCAGAGGUGUUCUGCGUCGGCAGUGCAAUGUGGAUCCAGCUGUUCUUCAGUGCAUCCUUCUGGUGGACCUUCUGUUACGCUGUGGAUGUCUUCCUUGUGGUCAAAAGAUCUGCAGGAAUCAGUACCAUCAUCCUGUAUCACAUGAUCACAUGGGGUCUGGCCGUGUUGCUGUGUGUGGAGGGUGUGGCCAUGCUCUACUACCCAUCCAUCUCCAGCUGUGAGAAUGGCCUGCAGCAUGCCAUUCCUCACUACAUCACUACCUACGCUCCUCUACUGCUGGUGCUUAUAGUCAACCCUACGCUGUUCGCCAGGACUGUGUCUGCAGUGACAUCAUUAUUGAAGGGACGACAAGGGAUCUACACAGAAAACGAGAGACGCCUGGGAACAGAGAUAAAAAUACGCUUCUUCAAAAUCAUGCUGGUCUUCUUUAUUUGCUGGCUUCCCAACAUCAUCAAUGAAAGCCUGCUGUUUUACCUGGAGAUGCAGACAGAUAUAAAAGCUGGUGACUUGAAGAAUAUACGAAACGCAGCCCUCAUCACAUGGUUUAUCAUGGGCAUCUUGAACCCCAUGUCAGGCUUCCUCAACACGUUGGCCUUCCAUGGCUGGACGGGCUUCAAAGUGGACUGCAGCCUGCAGAGGAGGAGGGAGCUGGCCUGGGACUCAGCCUCCACCUCGGCGGCUAACGUGGGGGGCUACAACCCCAUCGUGGGCUCCACCCUGCUCUACCAGAGCCAUGUCCAGGAGGCCAAGAACAUGACAGGCAAGAACAUGACAGGCAACGGGCAGCCGGCCUCCGACGCCAUCAGCGUCCUAUCAGAAGGUUCAGAGUCUAGUACAAUUGAAAUCCACAUUUCCACUGAGCACCGAGACUAUGAGGAGAUAGACGCAGAUGGAGAAUCGUUGGGGAGCUCUGCAAGGCACUAGCUGGAGCCACCUGCAAAACCUGCUGCCAGCCUUCACUCUCUGCACCCCCCCCCCCCCCCCCCCC